AAUAAAUUUAAGCUACGUAAAUCUUUAAAAAGUUUGUGUGCAAUAUUUUUGAAAUUUUCAAUCUGAAUUUUUUCUGCUCUUCACCACGCAACUCAAUCGAUCCGAUGGCGUAUAUCAAAGUGAAGCAUUCGAAUUUAUUGCGUCUGGACGAUGAUGCCAUACUGAGUGUUUGGAAUAAACUGGAACCAAUCGAUCGCGUACAAUUAGCUGGCGUUUGUAAGCGUUUUCGCAAAAUAUUCGAAGAACGCGAUGCGGCACAUUAUACCACCUUUAGAAUGGAGAGCCUUUGGCAGGUGUCCGUCAAAGAUAUUGAAAGCUAUGCCAAACUAGUGGGACCGCUUAUACAGGAGCUGCGCGCUUACACGCCCUGUGUGGGUAAUAUCAGAGCAAAGCGAUUCCUUAAGGGCAUGACCGGUAAUUGCCAGCUCUUGCGACGUGUAGUCUUCAAAGGUGUACGUGUGGCAUUUCAAUUGUUCGAGUUGUUUGCAAAUGCGAAAUAUCUCACGGAGUUAUAUUUACAAAACUGUCGGCUCGUCGAUAAGGAUGUAGAUAUGAUUACGAUGCUGUCUAAUUUAAUGAUACUUGAUUUGUCGAAAAAUAACGAUAUUACCGGUCACGGUUUGUGCGCCCUAACCAAUCUGCGCGCGCUCUACUUAUCGAAUUGUAAAAGUUUGAAUCCAAUCAAUUUAGUACAUGUCUUCAAAAGUGCCAAACAUCUCUGUAUACUCGACAUUCAGCAACCCUAUACGAAUACCAGCCUGGUGCCGGUCUUUCUUGAGCUCGGCCGCUAUUGUCGAAAUUUGGAUAAAUUGCGUGUAACAUUGCCGGAGCAUCGACGUUAUGAAUCGCUUGCGCGUCUGCCCAAAUUAACACAGAUCUUCGCAUAUGGCUACGUGCGUCGCUUCCUCAUCGACUUACGCAAUCAUCGCGCUCAUCAUAUGCAGGUGAUUUUUCUCGAAACCCUGCAGCAGGUGCCAUUAGACGUCACAUUUAUGCUCACACAAUUUCGUGAGUUGAGGAAAUUAGCUUGUGAUGGUGAUUUCGAUUUCACGCCGGGCUGUAUUGAUGGUUUUGAAAAUCUACGCAAACUUACGUGCAUUAAUCUCUAUAAAACGGAUGCGUUAACACCGAAGGAUGUGCUGACACUUUUGAAGAAAUGUCCGAGAUUGAAAUUCGUGCAGUUAUUCUUUAAAGUAUUCGUUACCGAGGCGUUUAUAUUCGAAUUGAUCGAGGUGCUGGAGAAACGACCGGUUAAGGUGAAUUUCGUAAUGAAUUUACAGAAGUCAAAUAUACGUCGCGGCAUCACGAAGGAUCCGCGUUACCUCAAUGCCAGGGACACUUUGAAUAUUAUAUUUAGUGCUCAAUGCAUCGAUUGGGAUAAAUGAGUUUUUAAGUUGGAUGAUAAAAUUAUAUUUUUAAUGAUUUUUGUAUUGUGUGGUAAUACCUUUUAAGCAUAUAUUGUUUGUUUCUAAAUGUGUAACGGUAUAAUGGAAUAAAUUUAUGCGUUAUUUAUUGA